AGUUUAGCUAGAGACAUCGUCGUGUAACGAACAGAAGCUCUGCGAGCAACUGCAACUCAGCGGCGAAUCGACGGCAGAUUUCAGUGCGCAAAAAGAAAAAAUAGAAUUUAUAACAAAAAGAAAAAACCACAAAAAAAAAACAUAAGACAGUACAUAAGUAAAAUUCCAAAUAAGUGUUUUUCGACAUAUACCCAAUUUACAUAAACAAACACGCACACAUACACAACUACACGAAUACACACACACACACACACACAUACACUCAAACACACAGAGACAUAUGCGGCAUAUGGCAUAAGGACCGACCAGAAGUUUGUGUAUCUGUGUGAGCUCGAUUUGGCAUCCUGAUGGAAUUCCAAUUUUUGUGGCAGUAUAGUUUUCCCCCCAACUGACUGCAGUGCAUUCGUGCAACAAUAAAUGCCAAGUAAAAAAUAAACAACACCUAAUAAGAAUAAUAAUAGAAAUUCAUACAAACCAAAAUACAUAAAAAGUGAUAUGUAGUUCGAAGAUAAAUCCAACAGUUCCAACAAUCUUGUAUGCAACGCACAAAGCCCAAGUUCAAACAAUAGAGUGGGGAGCAGACCAAAGGAGAAGCAGCAGCAGCAGCAGCGCAACAAAAGUGCAACAGCUGCACAAACAACAAGCUGCAAUAAAAGCACCAAAAGUCAAGGCAAACCCAGACAGACAAACGCCCAGCGAGAGGCAGAGAGAGAGAGAGACAGAGGAGAGAGACAGAAAGAGAGAGAGAGAGAGAGAGAGUGGAACAGAGGCAGCUAGUUGGAAGCAUGUGUAGUGCAGAGUCCACACGGCAGCUUAAAGUGGCAACAACAACAACAACAACAAUAACAGCAGCAGUAGCAGCGGCAACAAAUACAACCGGAUAAUAAGCAUAAAGGGGCAACAACCAUUGCAACAAGAACUUGCAACGAGUGCGCCAACAACGGGGGGAGGCCGGAGCCCUAGCCAAACAAAAAACAGAACAAAGGCAAAAGCAAUAAAAGCGCACAAAACCCAAUUCCAAUUCUGAAAACCAAAAUAAAGUCACAAAUCUAGCAACAGCAGCAACAACUGCAACAUCGGCAGCGUGGUGACGUCACAGCAUAGCACAGCACAGCACAGCACAGCAGUUGCAGAGCAAAGCACGCCGCAGCUAACUAACUAGGACACUCGGGCCAAAUCUCGUUAGUCGUCCGCAUUCACAUUCGCAGCCGUAACUGUAACCGUAGCCGUAACCGUAUCCGGAAUCGCAUUUGGUAUUUGGCAGAGAAUCGCAACCGCGAGAUGGUCUCCCGGCUUAGUCUGCAGUCGCUGCUUGCCGCACUUUUUGUGCUGUCGAUGCAUUUGUGUUGCGUCUGCGGCGUCAUCGAUCGACUGGUGGUACAGACAUCCUCCGGCCCGGUGCGGGGCCGUUCCGUGACGGUGCAGGGCCGUGAGGUGCACGUGUAUACGGGCAUACCGUACGCCAAGCCGCCCGUCGAAGAUUUACGCUUCCGCAAGCCGGUGCCGGCGGAACCCUGGCAUGGCGUUCUAGAUGCCACACGACUCUCGGCCACCUGCGUCCAGGAACGCUAUGAAUACUUUCCGGGCUUCUCCGGUGAAGAGAUCUGGAAUCCCAAUACCAAUGUAUCCGAGGACUGUCUGUAUAUAAAUAUUUGGGCGCCGGCCAAGGCGCGUCUGCGUCAUGGACGAGGCACCAAUGGAGCUGAGCACGCGGGCAACAAGCAGACUGACACGGAUCAUCUUAUACACAAUGGCAAUCCGCAGAACACGACCAAUGGACUGCCCGUGCUGAUAUGGGUCUAUGGCGGUGGCUUCAUGACGGGCUCGGCCACUCUGGAGAUCUACAAUGCGGAUAUUAUGGCCGCUGUGGGCAAUGUGAUCGUUGCCUCCUUUCAGUAUCGUGUGGGCGCAUUUGGUUUUCUGCACUUGGCGCCGGAAAUGCCGGCGGAGUUUGCCGAGGAGGCUCCGGGCAAUGUGGGACUGUGGGAUCAGGCAUUGGCCAUACGCUGGAUUAAGGAUAAUGCCCAUGCCUUUGGCGGUAAUCCGGAGUGGCUGACGCUCUUUGGCGAAUCGGCCGGUUCGAGUUCGGUAAAUGCACAGCUCAUGUCGCCAGUCACAAAGGGUGUGGUCAAGCGUGGCAUGAUGCAGUCGGGCACCAUGAAUGCUCCGUGGAGUCACAUGACAUCCGCCAAGGCGGUGGAAAUCGGCAAAUCCCUGAUCAAUGACUGCAACUGCAAUGCAUCUAUGCUGAAGACCAAUCCCUCGCAUGUGAUGAGCUGCAUGCGAUCCGUUGAUGCCAAGACCAUAUCGGUGCAGCAGUGGAACUCUUACUCGGGCAUACUCAGUUUCCCAUCAGCGCCGACCAUUGAUGGCGCCUUCUUGCCAGCUGAUCCCAUGACACUGAUGAAGACGGCCGAUCUAAAGGAUUAUGAUAUACUCAUGGGCAAUGUCAGAGAUGAGGGCACCUAUUUUUUGCUGUACGAUUUCAUUGAUUAUUUUGAUAAGGAUGAUGCCACAGCGCUGCCACGUGACAAGUAUCUGGAGAUUAUGAACAACAUAUUUGGCAAGGCAACGCAGGCGGAACGCGAGGCCAUCAUAUUCCAGUACACCAGCUGGGAGGGUAACCCGGGCUAUCAGAAUCAACAGCAAAUUGGACGCGCGGUGGGCGAUCAUUUCUUCACCUGCCCCACCAACGAGUAUGCACAGGCGCUGGCCGAGCGAGGCGCCUCCGUGCAUUACUAUUACUUUACACACCGACCCAGCACAUCGCAGUGGGGCGAGUGGAUGGGCGUGCUGCACGGCGAUGAGAUUGAGUACUUCUUUGGCCAGCCGCUGAACACAUCUCUGCAAUAUCGACCUGUGGAGCGUGAGCUGGGCAAGCGUAUGCUCAAUUCCGUUAUUGAGUUUGCCAAGACGGGCAAUCCCGCACAAGAUGGCGAGGAAUGGCCAAACUUUUCGAAGGAGGAUCCCGUGUAUUAUAUUUUCAGCACGGACGAUAAGAUUGAGAAGCUGGCACGUGGUCCAUUGGCAGCGCGUUGCUCCUUCUGGAACGAUUAUUUGCCUAAAGUCAGAAGUUGGGCAGGUUCAGGCUGCACCGGGGAUUCGGGCAGUGCUUCCAUAUCUCCGCGACUGCAGCUUCUGGGAUUGGGACUGGUGCUCUACACAUGUGUCGCACUAAGGAUCAAGGGAGUUUUCUAAAAGAAAAUGUCUGGCAGUGUAAGCACAACAUACACCCACACCCACUCACACACCCACACACACACAACGUAUAAGUAAAACACACACAAAGAAAUCGUAUAUGAUAUUUAGUAUGUGAAAGUGAAAUUGUCUAAACAAAAAAAAAAACAAAAAACGAAAAAAAAAUCAAAAAAUGUUGAGAAGAGAUGUAUGUAAAGAGAGAUUUAGCAAAGUUGAAUUGCGGCAGCUAAUUGGAGUUUUAGAUUUUGUGCCAUGCUUUGUUUGUAACUUGGCCACAGCUGAACAUUUGUAAAUGAAUUUAGAGUUGCAUGCACUGCUCCGCACUGCAACACAGGCAACACAAUAAUGCAUUGUAGUAGUUGUUAGGUUAAACCUUUACUUGCAACAAGCAAGCAGGACGAACUUUAGCACGCGGCUUGCCCCCCUCCCCUUAAACACAUAUCAAGAGUGCUGACUCUGCUGCCACAUUGCUGGUGGCAGCUCACACUUCGAAGAUCCCAGAGUACCCCAGAGUACUUGUUUUAUUUACAAAGAUACACAUAUACACACACACACACACACACAUAGACCACAACAACAACAGAGAUACAUUUUUGUCGCACGCCGCAAAUUGCUUAAUUUGUAUAAAGACAAAAAAAAAAACAAAUCGUUGGCUAAAAAAGAACACAGGCCCAAUAUUAAAUAUUUAAUAACGAAAUCAAUCAACAGAGAAAACGAUUUUGAUAAAAUUGAAUGUUUGUCAUGCCAGCAUGAAAAUUGGAAAAAAAAAACAAAAAACUCGCUCAGACGACAAAUAGUAUUUUGCCAGCUGGCAUGGGUCCAAGUCUGUGCCCAGGCCUAUAUGCCCUCAACUCCAGUAUUUUUUUUAGAAUAUGGAGCAUCAAGUUUUUUAAUUUUGAAAAGUUAAAAUGAAAAAGCCCCGAUGAAACUUGGUCAGAUGAUUGCAUUGGUUUCACAUUUAUGUUGGGAUGAAUAUUCAAUAUUUGGAAGUUAUUCAGAAUUUUUCCGUUUGAUUUUGCUUUUGGGCGCACCAAAUAAAAUGUUCUUAUGACAAA